CUCGAAGGUUUAGUCAUAGAACGUUGACAUCAUCACGACAUCUUUUGAGACAUCGAGAGCUGAACAACAUGGAUUUAAGUGUUCCAAGAUUUCGACAUUUAAAAUAUAAAAGACAUCACAGUAUGACAUCAUCACAUAGAAGCAACUAUGAGAAAAUAACAUGUUCAGACAGUAAAAUACAACAAUCAUCCAAAAUACAAAUUAUUGAUAAAGACAAAGAAAUUCAACUCCGAAAAAGUAAGCAUUUAGAUCAAAACAAGAGAAAAAGAAAACAACAAAUAAAAUAUGAUGGAAGGGAACUGCUUUCACCUUCUGCUGGUUUUCACGGAGAUGCAGAUUUGCAAGAACAAAAGAGAAAAGCUCAUCAUCGAUCAAAAGUUGUUACUGUCAUGGAUGUUGAUCCUGAUUCUGUUGAUUUUAAACCAUUACCUUGGUUUUGUAUUUAUUUUGCCUGGAUAUUAAUUACUAUUAUUAUCAUUGGAUCUUCUGUACUCAGUGUGAUGUAUGGAAUGACAUAUGGGAGUCAUAUUUCUAAACAAUGGUUGGUAUCACUUUUGAGUGGAAUAAUUCAGAAUGUGUUUGUAUUGGAACCAUUCAAAGCAAUAUUUCUUGCCUAUAUUAUUGUUGUUAAUAAUCCAAGACAUGAUAUUUCAGACUGGGUACCUCCCCUGAGAACUGAAGUUCUUCCACGAAGACACAAAAAUCCGCGUCAUAUACUACAAAAAUUAAUCAAGGAACGAGAAACCGAAUCAGCUUAUAAAUAUCCUGAUGUUGAUAAAGUUAAAAAUCAAACUAUUGAUAAAUUGGAAGAUAGAGUUUUUAAAAGAAGAAUAAAGGACAUAUCAGUUCAUCUCAUAUAUCUUGCUAUUCUGUUGAUAAUUGCAUAUGGACUUCAUGAUAAUAAGAUCAUAUAUUUCAAGACAGCUGUUAAAAAUAUGUUUGAUGGAAAUUCAGUCUUGAGUAAAAUGAAAGUGAAAACUCGAACUGAUGUUUAUGAUUGGUUUAAAGGACCUUUGAUUGACAGUUUGUAUGGAGGUCACACCACCCAUUUCCCAGAUAAACAAUUAUUGGUUAUUGGACACCCUACUUUGAGACAGCAAAGGAUCACAGAGGGUUUACCCUGUGUCUACACAUCUGUUAUUCCAUAUUUAAAAACAACAUCAACAUGUAAAUCAGUUGUUUAUGAAGAAAAUAAAAAAUAUUCAACUGGUUGGUUUAAAUAUCAUCCAUAUGAGAUACUGAUGCAUUACAAGAGAGAACAAAGUCCGUGGACUUAUGUUGUUGGCGAUCCAUACUCUCUACCAUUCUUAGGAGAACAUGAUAACUAUCAUCUAGGUGGAUAUGUUGCAAAACUUACUAAGAAUAAAAAUAAUGCAACGAAGAUUAUUCAAUAUUUACAAGAUAAUAAUUGGAUUGAUGAUAAAACUAGAAUCGUCAUGCUGGAAACAGUUUUAUACAACACUGCAGUUCGAUUAUUUUGUAUCGUUUUACUUGGUGUAGAAAUUCCAAACACAGGUCAAGUUCAUGUUACUCUACAAUUAAUGGUGAUGAGAACUCAUCAUAUUGUGACAUCAUAUGACGUUAUUGUGUUCAUCAGUUUGUUUGCUUUACUAGCAAUGGUUUUUUAUUUCAUUUACAAUAUUGUGAGUCUUGCUAGAGAAACAGGAUUUGAAUACUUUGCUGAUGUUUGGAAUGUUCUUGAAAUAUUAACAUUGAUCACAUCUGUUGGAGCUGUUAUUACUUUUUUAUCAAAAGCAACAUACACAGAUCUAGCACUUCAUGCAACUAAAACAGGAAAUGAUAAUUUAUUUCUAUUCUACACUGCAUCAUGUCUUGAUUACACUUUAACUUGUUUACUUGGAUAUUGUAUAUUCUUCACUAUGAUGAGAACUGUUGCGAUAAUGGAAGGUCACCAUCACUUCAGAUUAGCAAAUGCGACAAUGCAAAUUAUAAGAUUCGAUUUAGCAGGACAUUUAUUUUGUUUAUUUAUUGGAUAUAUGGCUUUCUGUCAUUCAGGUCUCAUUAUGUUUCAUGAUAUGUUGGAUUUCAGCAGCAUAUUGAGAGCAACACAAUCUAUAGUUGCCUAUGCAGCAGGAGCAUACAUGAACAAUUUACUUGCAGAACAUCCAAUGCAUGGUGGAAUAUUUCUACUCAUAUUUUUGAUCAUUUAUGUUAAAUUAUUUGUUAAUUUUUAUGCCUGUAUUUUGGAGAAUGCGUAUCGGGAAUCAAAGUUAUUAUUACGAGAUAUUAAAAAGGGAGAUUUUGUUCAUUUGACAAGAAAACAAAUCAGAUCAUUAUUUGCGAUUGAAGCAAGAAAACGAGCUGAGGAGGAAGCAAAAGAAAAGCUGGAAAGUGAAAAAUUGAAAGAAAAAAUACUGAAAGAAAUGAAUGAAAUUCAAAAAGAAAGAAAAAAUGUAACAAAAUUACAGAAAAAUGUUUAGAAUUGGGUUUGUAGUUUUACGAGAAGAUCAGCUUCAAAAUUGGCAAUGAAAAGCAUAUUAUUCGAGAGAUGUUGGAGCAGAAUAAAAAUGAAAAAAGCAGAAUUGCCCAUUACAAAGUGUUGUAGUAUCAGUGUAAUAAUUACUGUCAUUCAUUUUGGUGCGUUAUAAAUAUAUAUAUAUGGUUGUCGCUACAAGCACAGUGAUGAACACUUCCAUUUUUAGGUUGGCUUUUUAAAUUGCUAGAUAUGAUGUCAUUCAAGGGUUUGAAACUGUUCUAUGUAAUAGUGUUUUUUCAAUUAAUUUCAAUCUAAUGUCGCUACACAUAAAGAGUCAAGUAGUAGUUUGAUUCGAAACCAAGCUUACCAUCACCAUCCACAACAUUAUAUGAUAAUAGCACUUUCACUAACACAAUGAUUCACAAUCUGUGUUCUGUGUCAAAUUGUUGUCCCCGAAAUAUUCUUAUAUUGUAGGAUAUUUUAUUAUAACAAAAAGUAAUCCAAAUCCACCAAGCAUGUAUUCAGUGUUAGGAAGAUUCUGAUUUGUGUAAUAACCUUCCCGUGGGAACGGACUUCCUAGUUUAUUUCUGAAACAAUAGCUAACAACAAAAUGUUAAAGGAAACAAUUGAAAUUUGAUUAGCAGCUCAAACGUCAUUUUCAAGCAUAGUUGAUUGACUCGUUUUCGUAAUGUCAGGCCUGAGUAUGAAUUCAGCUCAUCUUUUUCUGUGACCUGAGCCGAAUUCAUGUCAUGUUCUUGACACACUGUGGUAUGAAAUUGAUAGUAGCCUAUGUUGCUACAUAAGUGGGGGUCACUUAAAUGGAUCGACAAGUCAAGUUAUCACUCUAUAUUCCAUGUGUUUUUUUGAGUUUUGAGUAGCUUUAGAAAUGCAUAUCACAUAAAUUGGUAAAUAUUCUAAACGCGUUAAUUUAGCUAUUAGUUGUUUACAGUUAGUGAAUCUUCAUUUAUUUGGAUAGUCAAUCGUAAUAAAUAGCCGACUCUUUCCCAGAUUCUCUGCUAUAGCAUUUCAGUCUUACCUAUUUGGCAGUUGAACAAGGAACAACAUUUUUGUAGAAAUGAUUGAUGAGCCAGAAUAUUCUUUUUAAUAAAUCUUUUUAUAACA